AUGUGCUUCCGCAUCGACCAGUACUGGCACUGCCACCACGAGCACGGCGGCUGCAAGGGCAAGCUGAACAAGCUCACCGACGACGACCCCAUCCUUCCCAAAUGGGCGCCGUGCCAGCGCGCCAAACGGACUGGCAAGAGGUGCGAGGAAGUCAUGGUCAUCCCGCAGCACCUGGCCAUGUGCUGCCCGAUGCACCACUCGCGGCGGAUCCGGCAGUUGGAGGAGCUGUGGCAGAACGAGUGGAAGAACCAAGUGUUCGACCACUUCUCCCAGAGGCAGAACCACCUGUCGGACCGGGAGAAGGCCGACUGGCGUCGCGCCCGCGACCUGGAGAAGAAGCGGUGGGACGAGUUCCAGCGCAAGCUGGAGCCCGUGUACGCUCAGCUGGGUAACCGGCUGAACGCCGCCGUCGUCCGCGCCUUCGGCAAGACUUUCUACGAGCGCAUCGAGCAGAUCAUGCUGGCUUUCGUCGCCGUGGUGCGCCGCCAGUGCGUCCUCGACCCGGAGAACUUCGAGCGCGCUAAGAGGCAGGAGGCUCGCGAAGCUCUGCUGGAGCUCGAGGAGAGGGACCGCCAGGCUGCUGCUGGUGCUGCCACCGCUGCUGUCGCUGCCGAUGGCCCGCCGCCGCCCAUCCCGCCCAAGAGCAGCAAGAGGAGACAGAGGUCUCUGACUUCCGUCAGAGAAGGUGAUUUGAAGCAGGCCCAGGAAGCCCUGAGACAGAUGACGUUGUCUGGCCCCGCUGGUGGCUUAGCCCCAGCCCAGACUCGUCCUCUUCCUCCAGCUCCUGCUCCGGCUCAAGCUGGCUACACCGUUGCUCGCGCUCCGGUUGCCGCCGCCGCCAGCCCCUCUUCUUCUUCCUCGUCCGCGUUUGGCCCUGAAGAUCACGCUGCAGUCGCUGCUGCCGCUGACAUCGAACGCGCCUUCCGCCCUCCUUCGAGAGGUUCCUCCGCUGCCUCAUCUUCGGGUGAGGAGAGCGAGAGCGAAGACGAGACCCCUUGCUCCGCAGGGACUUGUAAGGCCCAGCGUCAGCUGGGUCUACAAGAAUCGCCCCCAUCGUCCCGGGACCAGCGAUACAAGGGCAACCACAGUGCUCCUCAAGACCUUGGAAUCAAAUGCUGCAAACAGGCAACCAUCGCCCCCAAAGACCUGGGACUCGGCGUAUAA